UGGAAGAAUGGUGAGGCUCGCCAAGUAAUAAAUUGUUUUAAAGAGUUCACCGCACAAAAUUCGUAUAUUCAAAAAUUGAAGCAUUCUUACCUAAUGAAUCUAAUGACUGAACAUUAUUGAGCGGAACUUAUUUAGCUCCGAGGUUUCGCUCAGGAACUGGUGCCUCUGUGCAGGAACUGCAACUCCUGCAAAAGUAACUUCCUCAGCAGCCCUCGGUGGCAUAGGUCUUGCUUCCUUGAGGCUCCAAUGAAUGUUGUUAUACAUAAUAUUGUAACAGAAACGACUAUUCGGCAAUUUCGAAUACUGACUUGUCGAAUGGAAUACAAAUCGAAUAGGAAAGACUACUUUACUCGUUUUGAAAAUUCCGAAUAUGCCUACCAUCUAUUUUUUUUUUUUUUUUCUGGCCCAGACUACCGAAUAUGUACUAGCAAUCAUUCCCUUGCGGACUGAACCCCCAUGCUCACUACUCUUGUGAACACUGGCGCCAGAAUUCCCUCUAGUAGCAUUUGUACGAAGUUCUAUGAACGAUGGCUCUGGGCAUAGUUUUACAGGCACAGCGAAGUGACAGUUUGGGCAACGCACUCGGCCGUGAAGUGGACGAUGCGCAACGGACUCGAAAGUUGACGGAUGGAUGCUCUUGCUUUUAAGUGCGCCUCGGAUGCCAGACAAAAAACAGUUCCCUAUACUUUUACUGUCUCUUCUUUUUUCUUUUUUUUUUUCAAUGGCGCCCAACUUCAAGAGCGGCUUGCAGUCUCGCUGGAGACCGCCAAGCCACUCAAUGUGGGUCUCCUGCUCUGUGCCGAGAAAACAGGCUGCUUGUUGUGCGCCUCCUAAACAGCCCUGGGAACCUUCCAAUGAGACGACGGGCACACACAAACACACAUACACUACGCAUGACGCGAGACGAACGGCGCAAUAAGAAAUGGUUCUGGGCUGCGUGCUAAAAAUAAGGGGCUGGUGCCGCGCGAGUGAGAGUUGCGGCGCUCGCAAACCGCCUCUUGGAGUGUGAACAUACAUCAGCAAACAUAUUGUACGACAAGCGCCGCCCAUGGCAGUUGUUUAUUUUUCACUUACCUCUUAUCCCGCUUUUUCCCUCUCUCUCUCUCUCUUUUUUCCUUUCUUUCAAUUUUCUCCGCUUCAUGUCACAGCCUUAGCCUCGUCACUGUAACCCGGUAGUUUCAUUUCUUUUUUUUUUCUUUUUUUCCUCCCUGUCUAUCUGUCCGCCUCUGAAGUGAGGGAAGGGUCAUGCGAGAGUGUUUAAAGCGCAGCACUGAUUUUUCUUGACACCUUUAUUAUUUGUUUGUCAUUUCUUUAUAGUUUGAUUGCAGUGGCUUCACGGCGAAGUCUGCAACCUCUGCUAGGAAGCAAAAAGGCGAACACUGGCCCUUCUCUACUGCCCGCUGGUUUCAACUUGUCGAUCUAUUUUCUUUAAACCACGGGGUCCAACCACGGCCGCCCCGUGCAAGGUCACCCGAGGUUGUUUCAGAAGCGCUACCGGCCCGGGGUUUGUGGGGAAUCGGGGCCUCUGCCGGUGGUACCUCACCACACGCCGUGCCGCUCCGUCUCCGACGGAGGCGGGUGUGCAUCUCAAGCAGUGAAGAUAUACUUGACCGAAAGAGCAAUAUUCACAACAAGAUCUUGAAAGAAUCCUUCUGCAACGCCUUUGAAAAGAAGCGCAACAACUCGGAAACUGCCUUUCUGUCAUGAUGCCUCUUGUCUCCACUGCCAUGGUCAUCGGCAUCGCGAUGGCCAUAGCAGACCCGGUCGUCGUGACGGAGAACGGCAGCAUCCAGGGAACAAUGCUGACCAUGUUCAACGGAACGAGUGUGGUGGACGCCUACCUUGGGAUACCGUACGCUGCGCCACCGGUCGGAGAACUUCGUUUCAAGCAAUCGAUUCCGCCCGUCCCAUGGGAGCCAUACACGCUUCAAGCAACGAAAAAGAGCCCGGCAUGCAUACAGUUCGCGCCAGCAAACCCGCUGCCACCUUGGGUAUCGACUGAAAGCGAACAGAGUGAGGACUGCCUCUACCUGAAUGUAUGGGCACCACGGGAAAAAGGAAACGGCACGGAAAACUUGCGAAACGUGAUGGUGUGGAUCCACGGCGGGGGUUUCAAUUUCGGGUCAGCCUCAAUGGAUGUUUACGACGGAGCCGUCCUGGCUACUGUGGAGGACGUGGUCGUCGUGUCGAUGAACUACCGUCUAGGAAUAUUCGGAUUCCUCGCACUGCCAAACGAUAGGACGCCAGCUGCGGGAAACCAGGGACUCUUGGACCAAGUGCUCGCUCUGCGAUGGAUCCAGGAGAACAUCGUAAACUUUGGCGGUGACCCGAAGCGAGUGACGCUGUUUGGCGAGAGCGCUGGCGGAUGGUCUAUCGCGUACCACGCCAUCUCGCCCAUGGCGCGCUUGCUCUUUCAUAGAGGCAUCGUCCAAAGUGCCGGAGUCCUGGUCCAGCAGCUUGCUGACUCGUUCACUACGGCGGAGACGAAGGCGAUGCAGGUGGCCGAUAGCGUCGGGUGCCUACCAGACUCGAACAACACCAGCGUCGUUAGUUGCCUGCAAAACAAAAGCGCCCACCACCUUGCCAUUAUGGAGGCCAUUGUGUGCACCCAGUACAUAAUGUGCUUCACCGCCGUCUACGGCGACGAAUACCUGCCGAAUGACCCUGUCACAGCCGCAGACGUGAGCGUACCCAAGGAAUUCCUGCUCGGCAACGUGGAAAACGAAGGUUCCGUGUUCGCUAGCUUGUGGUUUUGGAUGCAGUUUCCGUUCCAUAGUGCCAUAAACGUCGGCAAGAAGGACAUGCUGUACUUCUUCAUGAAAACCUUCUCGUUCAUGCCAGAGAUGGUGAGGAGGGCGGUGUACAACUUGUACGUGGGAGCGCUUCGGGAAACCGAGUACCCCAAACUGCGGUCGGAACUUGGCCACGCCAUUGGUGACGCUUUCCUUCGGUGUCCCGAGGUGUUCUUCGGCGAGAAAUUGUCGCAGCACAAUUCGAACGUCUACUACUACAACAUGGUGUAUCACUCGGCUACAGCCACCCACCUUGAUCCCUGGUUUGGUCUGACACACUUCGAGGACGUGCAGUACGUCUUCGGAAUGCCCCUCAGGGACCGUCCUCCGAAGAAUUACUCGCCGGCUGACGCUGAAUUUAGCCGCUACGUCAUGAACAUAUGGGUGACCUUCUCAAAAACUGGGGUUCCGCCUAUGGUGGACGGCGAUGCGUGGCCGCUAUUCGACACUAAGGACCACAAGGUGGUUAGCCUGGACCACAACCACACCCACACAGAGACGCUGCGGCAACUGGACCGCUGCCGCUUCUGGGAGGCGCUGCACAAGCCAAACCUCCAGAGUGGCCUCUCCAAUUGCGUCUGAAAGUCGCCGUUCUGCACACGCUGCCAACCACUGUUGCGUACACCAUCAAGUCACGCGGACGCCGCGUGACUGUGCGACAAACACCCCCCUGUUAACACAUGUGCUUCAAUGGUUUGAUCUGAACGAAAACGAAAGAAAUAUUUUUUUUUUACUCGAAGUGCUGUGCACUGUGAUUGAACAUAAGGUCUCAGAGACAGUUUGAAGAAUUCUUCAUAGUCAUAGCACGUUGUUUUGUGUUAUCUUGGGCCUGGCCAGCUCUUGCGGGAUGACUGCCGCUGGCUCAUGUCCGCAGUGUAAUUUGCCUAAUGUCCAGUUUUCAUUCUUCAGCCAGACAAUUUCCUCAGAGUCGAUUUCUAUUCUUUAUAUUUAUUUGCACCAAUUAGAGGCUUAUAUUUUUACCUGUAUUUGAGAGGUUCGGAUUGAGGGUUCUGGUUUUUCUUAGGACUAUGCACUGCCGCAACUCGCACUUAGUUCCCCUUAGCUCUUUUUCACCCUCUGCCACCGUGAGCUCAUGUCAUUUCGAUCUUGGCACUUGAGUUUGAUCGCCAGUUGCUAAUUUUUCUCAGCUUCAUACUCUUUCUGGCGCAAGAUGGCUAUUGACUUCAUUAAGUGUUUUGAGAGGUGCUAAAAAUUGAGUAACUGAAUGUGUCUGUUCUUAAGGCGAUCCAGCAAGGUAUUACAGGCUUAGUUCAAAAAGCGUCUGGGCACUUAUUUUCGAAGCCUAAAACAAGAAACUAUGCUUCUGAGUGCCCAUACGAUGCACUAGCAGUUAGUCGUAGUAACAUGCAGAUUAUAUUAGAUAAGUGAUGAAUUGAAGCUCAAACCAUUUAACAUGACACCUCUGAACAAUACCAGGCACUUAUAGGCUCCUAAAAUCAACAGUUUCAAUGCUUCUAAUGCGUAAUUGCAUGAAAAUUCUACAAUAGUCAGUAAAGGAAAUUGAAUGUCAAUUAUGGGUGUGGAUAGAGCCUUUCACUUGCAAGUGUUCGGGUGUAAAAUGCAAUGCAGUGUAGGCAGAGCUUACAAUGUGUGCCACGUGCGAACAAAGAACAAAACGUGAGAAGAAAAACAAAGGAAACAACACUACGCUUAGGCAUGUAAGUGAAGCUUGACGAGGUCUGCAGUUAAUUAAGAAGUGCAAUAAGAGCUGAGCGAGUAAAUUUCAUGUUUUAGCUUACAAAGCGACAUUUCCGAUAUGCCGUUGAAUAACGUACAAUGAUAACUUAAUCGAUAGUGAGUAAUAUAAAGGUUCAACAAUACUGUCACAUUUCUGACUUUCUGAAAAAGGAACGCACACACAAAGGACAAGAAAACCAUCUGCAAUAUGGAACGUUAGUCGUUAUGAACUACGUUACUACACGACUGCGUGAUGUUGUGCCUGUGUCGAUAAUAGUCUAUUCUUCGGAAUCAUCACAAGCUAUGCAAGCCAAAAUAACUUAGGCUACCCUACCAACAGCUCCCCCAAGAAGCAUCGUAGUUCACCUUUAUUUCUAUAUAUGCCUCGUCUGAAGUACAUAAAGAUCUGAGUUGUUUCUGA